AUGCUGCGGCUGCUGCAGAAGGCCGCGGCCCUCGUCGCCCUGGCGCCGGCCGCGAUCGCCCUCACGUGCGACGAUGCAACCGUCAACUGGGUCUGGAGCGGGGCCAUGACAAGCUCGUCGCUCCGUCUUCGCGUCUCCACGAGCAUGACACAUCCCGGCUGCGAUCCCGACGCAGUCCAGCUCCACGUAACGCAGGCGGCCGGUGCAUCAAGCGUGUACCAAGGCGCCAAGCAGGCCAUGGGCCCAUCGACGUGGCUCCUCGACUUCCACGCCACCGACCUGGUGCCGGGCCCGAUGCAGUACGAAGUGCGGUAUGGCGCCGGCACGGUGCUCAAGGCGCAGACAGGCGCGAUCUCGCUACCGCCGGCGCCAGGGACACCCACGUCGUUUGAGAUUGCCUUUUCGUCUUGCGCCGACCAAGACUCGAACCCCAAGGUCUUUGAGACCAUUGCCAAGCACAACCCGCUCUUCUUCCUCCACAUGGGCGACCUCCACUACGACAACAUCGAAGUCAACGACGUCCACGUGUUUCGCAAUGCGUACGAUCCAUGCUCUGUCGAGGCGAUGCUCAAUAUGGAUCUGCCCAUGGCUUACAUGUGGGACGACCACGACUUUGGUCCGGACAACAGCGACGGCACCGCGCCAGGUCGAGAAGCGUCGCUCCAAGCCUACCGAGAAUACGUGCCGCACUACCCGCUGCAAGACAAGCCCGGCGUCACCGCACCGAAUGAGCGGCCGGUGCAGCAAGCCUUUACCAUUGGGCGUGUCCGGUUUCUCGUCACCGACCUGCGGUCGCAGCGCACGCCCAACACGGACCCCGAUGUACCCACCAAGACGGUCUUGGGCGCAGCACAAAAGCUUUGGUUCAAGCAAGAAUUGCUCGCUGCUUCGUCGCCCGAGAGCGCAGUGGGCCUCAUCGUCUGGGUGAAUACGAUGCCGUGGAUCGACGACGAGCGCAAGUGGGGGCACUUCAAGCACGAGCAAGCCGAGCUCGUGGCCUUUCUCAGCGAGCACGAGCUCAACACGCGCGUCCCGAUCGUGAUUGCGAGCGGCGAUGCGCACAUGCUGGCGGUGGAUGAUGGCAGCCACAGUCCCGGGCACCUGCCCACGUUCCAUGCCGCUGCGCUGGGCCGUCCGGGCUCGAUCAAGGGCGGGCCGUACAGCCACGGCGCGAUCCCAGGCUCGGGACACUUUGGCUUGAUGCACUUUGACGACGAUGGCAGCCGUAUUUGCGUGCGCUACAGCGGUCGCAACCUGCACGACGACGAGCUCUUGGCGUACGAUACGUGCCAUCCCGUGGCCGGAACUGCGUAUUACCCGCCGCCGAUCGUGGUGCGCCAGCUCACGCGUGGCUUCCGGAAGCUCUGCUCGCGCGCCAUGACCAAGUGGCUCCGUGCGUCGCCGUUGGAGCUGGUGGCGCUUGCGAGCCUUGUCCUUGGCCUCGUUGCUCUGCUGCUCGUGCGCAAAAAGCAGUUUCGCCAAGCCAAGCGGGACUAG